GGCGGCCCCCGCGCUCUGCCCCGUGCCACCUGCCCCGCUCGCCCGCCGGUGCGUUGCGCUCGCCCACCGCCGACAUGCUGCCGAGACUGGGCGGCCCCGCGCAGCCGCUGGUCCUGCCGUCGUUGCUGCUGCUGCUGUUGCUGCUCGGCGCGGGUGGCUGCGGCCCCGGGGUGCGCGCCGAGGUGCUGUUCCGUUGUCCGCCUUGUACCCCGGAGCGCCUGGCAGGUUGCGGGCCCCCGCCAGUCCUCACGGUGUCCGGGGAGGCGGGCGAUGCCUUGACGCCCUGCACCGAGCUGGUCCGCGAGCCGGGCUGCGGCUGCUGCUCCGUGUGCGCCCGGCUGGAGGGCGAGACGUGCGGGGUGUACACCCCGCGCUGCGCCCAGGGGCUGCGCUGCUACCCCAACCCCGGCUCCGAGCUGCCCCUCAAGUCGCUGGUCAACGGCGUGGGCACUUGCGAGAAGUUCCAGGACUCCAGCCCCAGCCGUGACCAGGUGGCAGACAAUGGUGAUGACCACUCCGAGGGAGGCCUGGUGGAGAACCAUGUGGACGGGACCAUGAACAUGUUGGGAGGUGGGAGCAGUGCUGGCCGGAAGCCCCUCAAGUCGGGCAUGAAGGAGCUAGCUGUGUUCCGGGAGAAGGUCACCGACCAGCAUCGCCAGAUGGGCAAAGGCGGAAAGCACCAUCUCAGCCUGGAGGAGCCCAAGAAGCUGCGGCCCCCACCUGCCAGGACCCCCUGCCAGCAAGAACUGGACCAGGUCCUGGAGCGGAUCUCCACCAUGCGCCUUCCGGAUGACAGGGGCCCCCUGGAGCACCUCUACUCUCUGCAUAUCCCCAACUGUGACAAGCAUGGCCUCUACAAUCUCAAACAGUGCAAGAUGUCUCUGAACGGGCAGCGUGGGGAAUGCUGGUGUGUGAACCCCAACACUGGGAAGCUGAUCCAGGGAGCUCCCACUAUCCGGGGGGACCCCGAGUGCCAUCUCUUCUACAAUGAGCAGCAGGAGGCUGGUGGGGCUCAUGCCCAACGGGUGCAGUAAACCAUAGCCAGCCCAUGCCUGGCUCCCCCACCCCAAACACCAGCAGAAAUGGCGGGUGCUUGGGCAAUGAAUGGGGGAGGAUUUCCCCAGGAGUCUUGACACAUGUAUUUAUAUUUGGAAAGAGACCAGCCCCGAACCCGGCACCCCUCUGCUCUCUCUUCCCUGGUUGGCAAUGCAUUCAGUGUCCCUUCUACUUGCCCUGGGGAGGGAGAAGGCAGUACUGGGGGAGCUGGAGAUGAGUUUGGGAGGGGGGGGAAAGAAAUUUUUAUUUUUGAACCCCUGCGUCUCUUUUGCUUAAGAUUAAAC